UAGAGAGAAAAAAAAAAAAAAAAAAAAAAAAGGCGAAUCGGCGAUUCCGAUUCAGAACAAAGGCAAGGCGAGAGGCGAGGGAGAGAGAGUGAGAGUUUGAGAGACUAACCGGCAAGAAGGACUGAAGGAGGAGGAGCUCUGUCGUCGUCGACCCGUAACCCAAAGAAGUGAUGAAUCCGUUAACCCUUGUAAAACGCAUCCAGAAUAUCAAUUCCAGAGAAGCGGCAUUAGGGAUCUCCGAAGAAGCUUCAUGGCACGCCAAGUACAAAGACUCUGCUUAUGUAUAUGCUGGAGGCAUUCCCUUUGAUCUCACUGAAGGCGAUCUCCUUGCUAUUUUCGCUCAAUAUGGAGAGAUCGUUGAUGUUAACCUUGUUAGAGACAAAGGUACUGGAAAAUCCAAAGGUUUCGCAUUUGUUGCAUAUGAGGACCAGAGAAGUACAAAUCUUGCUGUAGAUAAUUUGAAUGGAGCACAGGUUUUAGGUCGGAUUAUUAGGGUUGAUCAUGUUAGUAGCUAUAAAAAGAAAGAGGAAGAAGACGAAGAGGCAGAGCAGAAGAAGAGGGAGGAACGAGGCGUCUGUCGUGCUUUUCAAAGAGGUGAAUGUACUCGUGGAGCUGGAUGCAAAUUUUCUCACGAUGAGCAAAGAGCUGCAAAUACAGGUUGGGGACAUGACAAGUUUGAGGGUCCAACAAGAGGCGAGAAAAGACUUGAAAACAAGCCGUCAAAUCCUGUUCGCGAACUUAUGACUCAAGGUGGUUUUAGUCGGGAUGAUAAAGAUUUGCGCUCCAGAGCAAAGGGUAAUGAUAGGGCCUUUGAGAGCAAUAGUAGGCAAAGGGAUAUGAGGGAGGAGAAGAGAUUAAGAAGGAAUGGUGAUGAUGAGUUCAGACCACAGUCAAGAGAAGGUCAUGAUAGGAGGGAAGAGAAGAGUUCAAGAAGGCAUGAUGACAAUGAAUUUCUGCCGAAGUUGAGAGAUGAAAAUAGAUCGAGAAGACAAGGUGAUGAUGAAUAUGAGCUGAAGUCUAGAGGUGGAAGGGAAGAAAAGAGAUUGAGAAGGCGUGAUAACGAUGAGCUAGAGCCAAAGUCAAGAGAAGAUCAUGAUAGAAGGGAAGAGAAGAAAUUGAGAAGGUACAAUGAUAACGAAUAUGAGUCCAAUUCAAGAGAUCUUAAGAGAGAAGAAAAGAGACCGAGAAGGCAUGAAGACGAUGAAUUUCAUGGAAGUCGAGAGAAGUUAAUGAUUGGAGAGAAGAGGUCAAGAAGGUACAAUGAGAAUGAAUUUGAGCCAAAGUCAAGAGAAGAUGGAAGGGAAGAAAACACAUCAAGAAGGCAAGAGUCAAUUCUAUCAGGAAGAAAGGUGAGAUAAGGGAGGAGGGGAAAUAAGGUCAACUCAUAGUAGGGAUUGAAUGUUUGCAAUGACUAACUGUUAGGAUCACUCUUUUGUUAUGGGAUGUGACCACUUCCAUAUGGUAUCUUAAGGCUCUGAUUGUUUUUCUUUUAGUUUGCCUGAGUUCUAUACUUGAUUUUGUUUGAAUUGUUCCCUCCCUCCCCCGCAUUGGCCAAGGAUGGUGGUGUAGCUUGAGAGAUAGUGGAACUGAUGUCCAAUCAACUUGGAAUGUAUCAUUUUAUGUGAAGUUAUUGUAACCCCAUAAUGAUGAGGAUUUCAAUGUCAUUUUCAAUGACGAUUGUCUAUCCUGAUUUUCUUCA